UUUCCCACGAAACGCAGUGGGAGUCCAGCAGUUGCUGGUUGCUGGUGUAGUGCGCAUCGCAGCUGUUUGCGUUUGUUGUGGAUUUCAGUUGUGGCAGUCUUUGUCCGUGUGAACCUGAUGUAGACUCCUAUAUCAGGGGUACAGUUUUCAAAUUUACUGUGUAAAGCCUCGUGAUAACGAGAGGAGAACUCUGAAAUAUCUCCAAAUUGACCCAGAAACUGAGAGGCUCUAAGCCUUCAAGAAUUUUACCAGUUGUGGAAAACACAUUAGUUUUCUUUCUGGAACUUCGUAAACGUAUUUAAAAUGGCCCAGCAGCCUACCAGUAGUGCCCUUCGAGCCCUUGCUUUGGAAUACAAAAGCCUCCAAGAGGAACCCGUCGAAGGCUUUCGUGUGAAGCUCGUAAAUGAAGACAACCUUUUUGAGUGGGAAGUUGCAAUUUUUGGGCCGCCAGACACACUUUAUCAAGGCGGUUAUUUCAAGAGAAUGAAUUUGAAUGACUGGCUUGCUUGGUCAUCGGAUCCGAGAUUCCAAAUAAUCCACGCCUUCCCCAGAACUCGUGUGCCUUCAUUUCGCUUUGACUUGGACCGGACUGAGAACGCGAAAACGCACUCGGAAUCGCAUUUUCGCAAUCGAUCUCUCGCGCUUUUUUCCAUCUCGCUGCGAUUGGCCUCGCUAGAAUUUCUGGAAAAUGCUGUUGCUAUUGCUGCUGCUUCUACCGCUACCGCCACAAAUACCAUCGCCGCCGCCACCACCAUCGCCGCCAGCACCACCACCAUCAUCGCCGCCGCCGCCGCCACCGCCACCACCACCACCACCACCACCACCACCACCACCACCACCACCACUACCUUCGCCACGCGGUUCACCACGCUUCGAAAACCAAGUGGUGAUGCGGCGUGCCGCUUGCGUCAUGCCCCGCCUGGGUUGCAUGCACGCGCCGUCGCCUAUCACGCCGUUUUAUCGUCUGCGAAAAGGAACUUAUCAGUUUUGCUUUUUUAUCGACGCCGCGGAAAAGCCGCAGCCCAUGAGUUGGUUUCUUCGUAG